AUGUACCCCACAAAGUCCAGAAGUCUUGAUGUCAGUUGGUCCGAUUUAUACCUUUUCCAUCUUACAUCUCAUCCACUCGAAGGAGCUCUUGUGCAGAACAAGAGCAUGGAAGCCAUCAUGUCUUCAAGGCUACGAUCCAGAUUAUCUCGAAUACUAGGUUCGGAUAAAGAAGAAGGCACUAUGUAUGAAAAGAUCAACGAUGCCGAGAAGGAAAUCCAAUCAGAUCGCAAUGACGAAACGAAGAAGAACACACACCAAUCUUCAAGAAAACGUAAUAGAUCCGUCGACAGUCUAGAGAGAAGAAGAAGCUGUCUCCUCAAUCUAAUGAGGCAUAAUCCGAGAAAUGAUAAUCUUCCAGCCUACUCCUUCACUCAGACUUCAUGUCCGAGUUCGAGUUCGAGACUUCCUGAUCAAUAA